CCGCCCCGCGGUGGGAGGCUUUAAAUGGAGCAGCCCGGGAAGCCAGAGGCGACCAGCCCGGACCAAGAGUCGCCGCCGCUUCCCCCGGCCCCAGGCGAAGCGUCCCCCGGAGCCCGGCGGGGAGCCAUGGGCGCGCUGCCCGCCAGCCGGCUCCUGGGCUGCCUGCUGCUCCUCUCCUUCCUCUCGGCCGCCCCCGCCGAGCCGGGGGGCCGAGCGGCCAGGAUCAAAGUCAACCCCCGCGGCAACCUCUGGGCCACAGGUCACUUCAUGGGGAAGAAGAGCAUUGGGGCCUCCCCGCUUCUGGAGUCUCCGGGAGAUGCUGCAGCAAACUCCAUCCCAAUGGCUUUCAGCCCAACUCUCCGAGCUGUCUUGAAGGACAUGAAAGAGCUGCUUACCAGAGAGCUCCUGAAAAUCCUCUUGCAAGAGAGACUAAUAGAUGAGAACCACGGAAGAUCUGAUCUUCACAACCAGGAGACGGGAUUGGUAAUGAAGGCGCUGGAGAAAUACCUUUCAAACUGAAGAAGGGACGAAGGUGCCAUGUACAUAGACUACCGAGUCCAGCAUCAGGAAGGCCUGGCUGGUUUGUAGUAAACACCGGGAAAUGUUUGAAUUAUGGUUCUGUGGAGCUACAUCACCCUUAUGAUUUAGUAUUACUGUAAUAUUGUGAAUAUUGACCAUCUGUAUGAAGAAAGCACCAAAGCCCUGACUGUAUAUUUUCCUUGUGUUUUCUGCAUUACUGCUGAGGACAAAGAGCCCUUGUGAAUAAAACCAACUCUUUGCA